AUGGGGGGUGAUGUAGAUAUGUAUAAGGACAUAUAUGAUAAGGACAAGAUUGAUCGAGAUGAACCAUAUUGGGAUGAGGAGUAUGAACCUAACUUAUUUGACGAACAUAAUGAUGUUGCUGGGCCAUCCAUGGAGGGGGACAUGGAAGAGGGUGAUGAGGAAUGUCAAGAGGGUAGUGAAGAGAGUGAGGAGGAUGUUGAUGAGGUUAGUGAGCAUGAAGUAAUUGGGCUAGAUAAUGAUGGUGAAGAAGGUUUUAGGUCAAGGGUUAACUGUGUUGAUAAUGAGGCUAAGGAUGAUGAUGUAAAUUCAGACAUGGCAUAG